GAAUGAACCAAGCGGCUGGGCCAGCCUCCCUCUCCUGUCCCAAGGCAGCCUCUCCCGCAUACUGGAGGAGUCGAAUAGUUAGUGGCAAGUGGCUGGAGCUGUCCUCCUCACUCACCUGUCUCCAGCUGGAGGAGGCAGGGCAGGGGCCGUCCCCUUGGCCCAAAGACCCUCCCGCUUAAAGGGCCUCACCAUGCGGCUCCCAGCAGUGCUGCUGCUCGUCCCCCUUCUCUUCCUGCCAGGGCUCCUGCUGGCUGCUACUUCUCGAUCCUCCUCGUCCUCAUGCCGCCACCAGCAGCAGCAGCAUCAGAAUCGCCAUCCUCUGCCUCUCCCUGCGCAUCACCGCCGACUGAACGGGCGGCAGGUGCAACGCGAGAUGCAACGCGAGAUCCUGGCACUGCUGGGCCUCCCAGGGAGACCCCGGCCAAGAGGAAGAGCCCUCCUGCCACCACUGCCCCCAUCCUCCUCUUCCCCGGCUACCAAGCGCCGCCGUCAGCCCCGUCCCAUCUCAGCUGCAGCGCCGCUCUUCAUGCUGGACCUCUACCGCACCAUGGCCAGCCAGGAGGAAGAUGAGGAAGACGAAGAGGAGGAGGGUGGAGGGCAGGAGCAGGGACCCUGGAGACCCCAAGCCUGGGCGCCGCCGAGGAGGGCUGCCGACACAGUCAUGAGUUUCGUCAACCUGGUGGAACUGGACCGGGACAUCUUCCACCAGAAGAAGCCUUACUGGAAGGAGUUCCGGUUCGACCUGGCACAGAUCCCAACCGGGGAGUCGGUCACCGCUGCCGAGUUCCGAAUUUACAAGACACCGAGCUUUGCCUGGCCUUUGAACGCCACCCUCCACUGCAGCGUCUAUGAGAUCAUCCAGGAGCAUCGCAACAGGGAAGCGGAGCUGCUCUUCUUGGACCUGCAGGACUUCCGGUCUGGAACCGAGGGCUGGCUGGUGUUUGACGUUGCUGCAGCCAGCAAUCAUUGGCUCCUGACGCGCAAAUACCACCUAGGCCUGAGACUUUACGUGGAGACCGAGGACGGCGAGAGCGUGGAUCCCAGCCUGGCUGGCCUCCUGGGGCGUCAAGGGCCUCGCUCCAAGCAGCCCUUCCUGGUGACUUUCUUCAGGUCCAGCCAAAACCAAGCCAGGGUCCCGCGAGCAGCAGUCAAGCAGCUGAGGAAGCGGCCGCACAAGAGGACAAACAACUUCUCGCACCUCAACCGGCUCCCAGGGUCAUUGGACGAUGUCCACAUUUCGGAAGGCAGGCCAGUCUGCAGGAGGCAUGAGCUCUAUGUCAGCUUCCGAGACCUUGGAUGGCUGGACUGGGUAAUUGCACCGCAGGGCUACUCUGCCUUUUACUGUGAUGGAGAGUGUGCUUUCCCCUUGGACUCCUGCAUGAACGCCACCAACCACGCCAUCCUGCAGUCCCUGGUCCAUCUGAUGAAGCCAGAUGCGGUGCCCAAGGCCUGCUGCGCCCCUUCCAAGCUCAGCGCCACUUCCGUCCUCUACUAUGACAGCAACAACAAUGUCAUCCUCAAGAAGCACCGCAACAUGGUGGUCAAGUCCUGCGGCUGCCACUGAAGGCCUGGGUCUGGGUUGCAGCUGCAUUUUAGGGGGGAAAGGAAGCAAGGACUCACUCCCCAAUAAGACUAUAUGAGGACCUCUCCAAAAACACUACUGUAUGGGGGCAAAGAACAUAGACUGACUGCUCUGGGAGAAUGCAAGUAGUGCAUGGGUUUGGCCUGACCUCAGCCUCACACUCUGGACUUUGAAGCCGCAGAAGAGGCCUGGCCAAGCGAACGCAAACAUGCCCUGGCCGAGCCCCCAACAACACAGACCUUCUCUGUAUUCGGUGCCAAGGAAACAAGGCGCCCACAGAUCCUUGCCUUGGAAAUUAAAGGAAAGCCAUGCAAAUCAACACA